CAAGCAAGCAAAGCAAGCAGCAUGCAAACUCCCACUUGAAGUUGAACUGUCCGCCUGUAUUACAAAACCAAGCCACCAUAGUCCACAUAGAUAAGGUUGUUCUUUCACCUAAUCCCAUCAAAAAACCUUUCAUCCUUAGGAAUCCCAUAUCAAAAAGACCACAUUUUUACUCUCUGAUUAUCAAAACUUGACACCUUUAUUUCUCUCAUGAAACCAAACCCAAUAAAAUUUAGCCAAAAGGGUCCUUGAAUUUUGAAUUUCUUCGAGGCUGCAUGAGUAUUCAAGACUUGUACAGUACUAAUUGUUUUUUCUUCAAGUUUGUUAACUUGAAUUUGUUAAAGUUGAAGUCUUUGUCAUGGCUAUGGUCACAGUUUCACAGUCUUUCAAUUUUCAUGGAUUCUUUGUUAGAAAAGCCUCUUUAUUGCCAUCAUCUGCUUCGAGAGUUCGCUAUAGCAUCAAUGAUCGAAGAUGGUUGAAUUUAGAUUCAGCUUCAAGUUCUUGCAGGUUCAGGAAUUUAAAUUCAAGGUGCUCAAUAACAAAUACUGACUUGCACUUGAGCGAUGUUCUCACUGAGGAUGAGGCACCACAAGAUUUAUCGGCUGCCGAGUGUGACUGUUCAACCCCCAUUGUUCAUCUCAAAACUGAUAUCCUUGAGAGUGAAUCUCUUAGCUUACUAGCUGAGACAACUUAUGUGGAUAGUGUUUUGACAGCGUUGCCUGUUUUAUCAGAGGAGGAGCAGAAUGCCCUUGCAGCAACUCCAGCCCAUCCAGUUGGAUUGUAUGCACUUUAUGCUAGUUCUCUAGCUGGAAAUUUAGUGGAACAGCUGUGGAAUUUUGCUUGGCCUUCUGCUAUUGCGUUGCUUCAUCCUAGCCUUCUACCAGUGGCGGUCAUGUGUUUCUUCAGUAAGCUUGCCAUAAUUGUUGGUGGCCCUUUGGUUGGCAAACUCAUGGAUUAUUCUCCCAGAGUACCUGCAUAUAUGGGUUUAAAUGUUGUCCAGGCAGCUGCACAGUUGUUAUCUGCAACAAUGAUAAUUCAUGCACAUACUGUUUCUCCUACUUCUGUGUCAUCUGUUCUUCUCCGUCCAUGGUUUAUCGUACUUGUGUUAGCGGGGGCUGUCGAGAGGCUAUGUGGAGUAGCUACAGGGGUUGCUGUGGAGCGUGAUUGGGUCAUACUGUUAGCAGGAAUGAAUAGGCCUAUUGCACUCGCACAAGCAAAUGCUGUUCUUAAUCGAAUUGAUCUUAUCUGUGAGAUAGCUGGAGCAUCAGUAUUUGGAAUUCUUCUCUCCAAAUAUGAGCCAGUGACUUGCUUGAAGUUUGCUGCUGCUUCAAUGAUCUGGUCGUUACCAGUCAUGAUUGGUCUCACAUGGUUAACCAACAAGCUAGCCACCGGGGUUCUUGACCGUCCAAGAUCUUGUCAAACCUGCUGUGGAGAAUCUUCUGAAGAAGCUGCGGUUGAUGCUGGCAGUAUAGUGGAUAGAGGUCUGGAAACUAUCAAGCUUGGGUGGAAGGAAUACAUGCAGCAGCCUGUUCUUCCUGCAAGCCUUGCCUACGUGCUCCUCUUCUUCAAUGUUGUUCUUGCUCCAAGCAGUUUGAUGACAGCAUUUUUGACACAGCGUGGAGUUAAUCCAUCUGUAAUAGGGGGCUUCAGUGGAUUAUGUGCUUUCAUGGGUGUUGCAGCAACAUUUCUGUCAGCCACCUUGGUCAAGCAACUUGGCAUUUUAAAGGCUGGAGCAGCUGGACUUGUAUUUCAGGCUUCUCUUCUCUCCUUAGCUGUUGCUGUGUAUUGGAGUGGGUCUCUCUCUCAGCAGAGCCCUGUACUCUUCUUCUUGGGAUUGAUUGUAUUAUCAAGGCUGGGACACAUGUCAUAUGAUGUUGUGGGAGCACAGAUUCUUCAAACUGGGAUCCCAACAUCCAAAGCAAAUCUUAUAGGCACAACAGAAGUUUCUGUUGCAAGUUUGGCAGAGUCUGUAAUGUUGGGAGUUGCAAUAAUAGCAAAUGAUGCUUCACAUUUUGGAUUUUUGGCGAUGCUAUCUCUUUUAUCAGUGGUUGGGGCAGCAUGGAUGUUCUGCCGAUUGUUGUUGAAUCCAACGGAUGAACAGAGAAGUCUUUUUGCAGUAGAAUCCAACACAUGAACAAACAAACAUCUUUACUCUUUUGAGCCUCACUUUAAUUCUUAGUUUGCAGCCAUUUGAGUUACAGAAUGCAGAGGCUUUUUGACUUAAACAGGAGCUAGGAUUUAGCUGUAAUACCCUUCAGGGUUGCUAUGAAAAUUUUCCCAGAAGAAAGCUUGAGGUAUAUCUGUUUCAGUAGUCACUUCCUGCUCGUCAUUGCUAUAAUGGUAAUGUUUAUUGUUUGGUCUAUAGCAUGCCUUCUGUAUUAUAUUCUACCAUGUACAUGACAAGCUUCAAACAAAGUUCUAUUCUCACUGGGCAUAUCCUACUUCACACGCACAAACAUGUAAACCAACUUGUAAAUCAUUGAUCAAUCCAAUUCUUUUACAUGACA